AUGAAACUACUAAAGUUUCACCUAAGAUAUCAUCCACCCGGAAUAAUUCUGGAGUAUACAAAAAAGGGUAUCGUUAAGAGUAAGGAUAUCGACCUCUUAGAAUUGAAUUGCAAUUCAGAUGUGAAGCAAAUAGCAGAUAACCUCCAACAGAAGGAAGCGCUAAUAACGGAUGAGGUGCGUGAACAAUUGGAGCAGUGCCUAGUGACGCUGAAGAAGAGGAUCGAACACGAGGGUCCCACAGGAAAGCGCUUCUAUAUCUAUAAAACUUUAGUCACUCAUCUCCUACCACUAACCAAUGUGGCUUUUGAUAAGGCUGGAAGCAGAUGCAUCACGGGCAGCUACGAUCGUACGUGUAAAGUGUGGGACGUGGAGACUGGCGGCGAGUUAAAAACAUUAUCUGGACACCAAAACGUCGUUUACUCAGUCGGAUUCAAUUAUCCCAUCUGCAACCUGGUGGUGACCGGUUCGUUCGACAAGUCAGCGAGGAUCUGGCGCAUGGAUACGGGAGAGUGUGUAUCUACACUUUGGGGACAUAGCGCUGAGAUUGUCGCCGCCCAGUUCGCCCCUAGAGGUGCUCAUGUCGCCACCGCUUCCAUGGACCACACGGCGAAACUCUACGAUGCUCUCACAGGUACGGAGGUACACACGUACAUUGGUCACAGCGCCGAAGUCAUCGCGCUUCAAUUCGACCCCACUGAAGGCCAGCGCCUUAUCACUGGAUCGUUCGAUGGCACGAUAUGUAUGUGGGAUACCAGGAUCAAAGAGCGCGUUGCGGUCCUGUCUGGUCACACGGCAGAAAUAUCUAACGCCCAGUACAACUGGGACAGCUCGCUGGUGGGUUCGGCUUCGUUGGACGGCAGCGCGAAGCUCUGGGACACGCGGGAGCGCACCUGCAUCGCCACUGUAACUGCAGCCGCAGCCGAGGUGUUAGACGUGUGCUUUGACUGGGCGGGACGACGACUUGCCACGGCUGGCAGCGAUGGCACUGCGCGGGUGUACGAGGCGCUCGCCGACUGCAGAGAACUGGCCACCAUGCAAGGACAUCGGGAAGAAAUUUCCAAGGUAUGCUUCAGUCCAGCUGGUGGGUGUCUGCUAACUGCUUCCGCUGACAAGACUGCGAGAAUCUGGAACGCUUCUACUGGUAACUGUGUACAAGUGCUGUCCGGUCACCAGGGCGAGAUAUUCUCGUGCGCGUUCUCAUACGCCGGUGACACCGUCGUCACCGCGUCCAAGGACAACACCUGCAGAAUCUGGAGAUGA